CCUUACUAUAUGUAUUUUAACGCGUGGCGUCGCCCCAAUCCAACGAAAGGGUCUCAUUUAGUCGAAAAUGCUUCCUACGAAUGAAACUUCGAAUUUUGUUCAUCCGAUUGCAACUGGUCUAAGGGCAACAGUCAUAGGAACGAUUGGAAUAUUAACCAUUUCUGCAAAUUGCAUAAGCAUUUCAGUUUUAAGAUUAACGAAGCAGAUUCCGUAUAUAGCACGUAUUUGUCUUAUUAAUUUAGGAGCAGCAGACCUAAUGGUAGGUUUAGUUGCUUGCUUACCUUCAAUUGUACCUGCAAUUAUUUCUGAAUGGCCUUUCGGUGAUGUUUGGUGCCAAAUAUCAGGCAUAAGUCAUGGCGUAAGUGUUACGGUUUCUAUCUGGAGUAUCUCGGCAGUGUCUCUAGAUAGAUAUGUGGCAAUUAUUUAUCCUUUAAGAUAUAACCAAAUUGUUACGGUAAAACGACUAAUGUGGUUGUUACUUGGUAUGUGGACUUUGGCAAUUGCGACAUUUUUUAUACCACUUCCAACGAAAAGUAACUUUAUAUACUAUAGAUACUCGGAAGCAAAUUGUAUGUGCGGAUUAUUUUGGGAAUAUCCGUGGUUUUGUGUUAUCACUGCGAUUUAUAUACCAAUUUUAUCCGGAGCUUGUCUCUUAUUUACCACAGUUAAAAUUAUUAAAUCAAUUAAACUCAUAAAAAAUCAAGUAGGGCCUGCAUCACUAGAUGGAAAUUCUGGAGUAAAUAAAAAGGAUGUUAAAGCAGUUAAAUUAUUAAUAAUAACUACUUUAGCCUACUUUACGUGUUGGGGUCCGUAUGUCGUUCAAGUAGUUUUCGAAUCAUUCUUUAAAGAAAUUGCGAUUCAUCCAGUUUUAUCCUUCUGCACAGUAUGGCUAGCAAAUUCAAACAGUUUUGGUAAUGUAGUAAUAUAUAUCUUGAUUUAUUCAUCUUUCAGAAGAAAUGCCAUAAUGGUUAUGAAAGAAGCUGGAAAAGGAAAUUGCUGUCCAGCAGAGUUAAAUGAUAGAGCAGAUACCUUUGAAACAUCUGGAUAAAUUCAUACUAAGAUGAUAUAGAGUAAUAUAAAAACAAGGAGAUAAUUUGUAUACAAUAUUAUUAUGUCGAGCAUGCUGUUACUAUUAUAUUUGUCACAUCUUUAAUUUGGUUCUCUUUGCCCUAUUUCUUAUCCUCUUUUCCUACAUUUUUGUGUUAAUUAGUAUUGAUGAUACUCCAAUUUCUUAUACGGUUAAUUUCAUAUAAUUAACAUUAAAUUCAAUUAUACUUCACAACACCUUUAGAACGAUUAUUAAAACCAGCCCGUUGUCAGGUUUUUUCAACACAGUUUAAAAAUCAUAGUAAAAGCAUUAAUAUUAAAAUGUAUCGCUAAAUAUUCAAUCAAUGUUUCAGUCAAACCAAGAUGUUAAAUAAUUAGUACGAUAUAUUACACUAGCCAAAGGCACGUGUCUUGUCUAAUUUACAGUAGAAGCCUUUUUUCAACUUUGGAAGAAUGCGUGUCUGCAAAUAUUUCUUUAAAAGAGGUUAAUAAAUCUUUUCACUAUAAAUAUAAAGCAAUAAAGUAAUUAAUUAGCAUAAAUCACGUGUAUUUAUUGUAAUUUACAAUAUUUUGUUUA